UGGGCCAACACGAUACCUUGUCACAAUACACUGGGCCUACACGAUACCUUGUCACAAUACAUUGGGCUUACACGAUACCUUGUCACAAUACGCUGGGCCAACACGAUACCUUGUCACAAUACACUGGGCCUACACGAUACCUUGUCACAAUACGCUGGGCCUACACGAUACCUUGUCACAAGACUUUGGGCCAACACGAUACCUUGUCACAAUACACUUGGCCUACACGAUACCUUGUCACAAUACACUGGGCCUACGCGAUACCUUGUCACAAUACACUGGGCCUACACGAUACCUUGUCACCGAGACUUUGGGCCAACACGAUACCUUGUCACAAUACACUGGGCCUACACGAUACCUUGUCACAAUACACUGGGCCUACGCGAUACCUUGUCACAAUACACUGGGCCUACACCUUACCUUGUCACAAUACAUUGGGCUUUCACCAUACCUUGUCACAAUACAUCGGGCCUAAACAAUACCUUGUCACAAUACAUUAGGGUUACACGAUACAGUGUCACAAUACAUUGGCCCUACACGAUACCUUGUCACAAUACACUGGCCCUACACGAUACCUUGUCACAAUACAUCGGGCC